AUGAUUACUGAAGAUAUGAUAGCUAAUGAACCUAUAGUGGAUGGAUUGAAAUUAGAAUUUAAUGCUGUAGAAGUUGAAAGUUUUUAUCUAUUUCAAUUAAAUUUAAAUAGUCAUGUACAAAAGUAUUUAAAUAGUCAAGCUAUUAAUGAGAAUGAUUAUGAAGUAGUUUAUAAAGUAAAUGGUCGGGGUCAAGCAAUAUGUAUAAAUGAUGAUGAAGACUUUGAAAACUUUAUAAUUGAAAGCAAGGAUCUUAAUUCAACCAAAACAAUGCAUCUUUAUAUUAACAUAAAGAAAUCUAACACUAACAAAUGA